AUGACGAGAAAUCGAAAUUAUCGCUCUGGCUCUGAAGACGGCUCCGUGCAUUCUGACACCACUGGCUCCGCUACUUACCUCGUCGACGGAGACGGUGUGAUCUACACCCCUGAUGCGAGUACUACAGCUUCCGACAGCACGUAUGGGCCCCCGAUUCUCACUCCGUCCGGCAGCACAGCCUCCCUCCCCUUCGAGAGCGAGGAAGAAGCGACCAAUCCACGCGAGGGCACGGGCAUGCACUUCCAUGGUAUGAUAGUCAACGUCUCAGGCUCAACCACGGUGCGGAUGGGAAACACCUACGUCAACGAGGAGCUGGUGGACGGACCCUAUGGACCGUUCUCUGGGAGAUGGGGUCGGAAUACCGCUUCGCGAGAUACAGAUGCGGACACUCGUGCCUCUGAGAGCGGCUACAACACCGAGGCUCCCAACACAUGGCCGCUGUCGAGGUCGGACAGCAGCGCAGAAGCCCGCACCAACGACAUUCGAGCCCGUGCAAAUAGGAUUCAAGCCCUCGCUGAUGAGCGAGCCCGUAGACACCGAGCCAACAUGAGUGCGUCUACUGAGUCAGGCGCUACGCAUACACAUCACGCAGGUUCUGGCCGUCGAAGCAGUCACCGCACCCAGUCUACCCACGGAGGUCGAUACCAGCAGGAGAGCACAUCUUCUGGGACCGAAUCGCGGUACCAUCCCACCGCGAACGUGAGGGUCGGGAAUAUGGGUCUGGGCGACCACAAGUAUCCGGGGAGGUCUCGGUUCACGGGACCCGGGAUGAACAUCAUUGGGGACCACGAGGAGAAUGUCUGGGCACACUAG